AUGUCAGAGGGAAGAGGAGAUGCUUCUAUUGUUAGGAGGAGGUCAGCCAGCGUGGGACCUGUCAGCGUUGAGAGGAAUAUGCAAAGAGAUGAGGACCAGGGUGAGGAUGGUGAUGAGGAAUUCCGGGAUGAAGGGGUUCCUUUCUACAUUAACCGAGGGGGACUCCCUGUCGAUGAGGCCACCUGGGAUAGGAUGUGGAAGCACGUUGCUAAGAUCCAUCCUGAAGGAGAGAAGAUGGUGCAAAGUAUUCGAGGAAUGCCAUACCUCCCCAAGGUUCCAAUGCCAUGUGUGCCUACAUUUCAGCUGUCCACGCUUGUUCCUGACCGUCUGGAAGCCAUACAGAGAUACACCAGGGAACUGCAGUACAAUCACACUGGAACACAAUUUUUUGAGAUUAAGAAAAAUCGACCUUUAACUGGCCUGAUGGAUCUAGCACGAGAAAUGAUUCGAGAGUCUCUACCAAUCAAAUGCUUGGAAGCAGUGAUUUUGGGGAUUUACCUCACCAACAAUAUGCCUGGAGUAGAGAGAUUUCCCAUUAGCUUCAAAACUGAAUUCUCAGGGAAUUACUUCCGCCACAUUGUGCUUGGAAUCCACUAUGCUGGACGCUUCGGAACACUGGGCAUGAGCCGGCGCGAGGACUUGAUGUUCAAACCCCCAGUGUGCAGGACUUUAAUUGAUCUCAUCUCUGAGUUCGAGAGUUCCUACAAAAAGUGCUGGCACACGCUGAAGAAAGUCAAGAUUGGACAGUAUGUGUCCCAUGACCCCCACAGUGUGGAGCAGAUUGAGUGGAAGCAUUCAAUCCUUGAUGUAGAGAAGUUGAGUCGUGAGGAACUGCGCAAGGAGCUGGAGAGGCAUACCCGGGACAUGCGGCUAAAGGUCAUGAAGGGAGCAGCCGCGCCAUCAUCCCCUACCCGCGACAGGAAGAAGGAUUCAUCGUCACCCCAUCGCAGUCAGUCAAGCCCGCAUCGCAGGAAUGGCCGCAGUGAGAGACGAUCUUCGGGAGAGAAGAAGACAACGGAGCAAAAAAACCUUAAUGAUGUGGGCUACCAGAUCCGUGUGUGAACAUUCCACAGUGCAGUCCAAAUGUGACCAUUGCAUUGUACUAUUUGCAGAGAUCUUUAUCGAGUCCAAAGAAGGACUGUACGUGCACUGAACUGAACUGAACUCUCAGAAUCAGAGUGAAGGAUGCCAUAGAGUAUUUGAAAGUAGUGUCAGCAGUAUUAAACCAAUUGUGACUUUUUACAUUUUUACUAUAUAUUUUCUCUAAUAUGUUUGACAAUAAUCUUUCAGUUGAAAUGAGUUAACAGCUCAUUAGAAAAGUUUAGAUUGAACUAAGAGCUGAAAGGUAACACUUUUGAUAAUACAUUAUCCCAAUCCUUUUGGGGUGGUUGGGAACCCCACUUGGACGGUCUGAGACACGUAGAGUUUUUUAAUCAAUAUGUAGUCCUUGAAAGGUUCAGGGAGUCACUAAGAUAGCGAGCCAUACAGACAAGAAAAAUCCCAGACUUUAUCCUUAGUCUGUACGGAUCUCAACCAGGGAUGCAAUAAGUUCACUUCAAUUACCAGCCUCCCAGAAUAGAAGAAUCAACCAGGGCUCCCAUUCUGCUGACUGUCCAGUGACCCUAAUGUAUUGCAGUUGGGUGAGGACAGUGUUGGACUUUGACCCUUUAAGCCUAAUUGCUCCCCAUGCAACACCUCACCGAAGUGUCAAAAUUAGCAUCUAAACCCAAAUGCACCUCCAUCACCCUCCCCACCCAGAAGUUCAAAGUUCUUCGAGUCUAGUCACAAACUGAGAAGCUGUUGAUAUUUUCUUUCUCCUGUAUCUAUGGCAAAAGGAUCCAAAUUACUUUGACCUCAUUUCAUGAGAAAGAACUGUCUUUAUCAACCUGCCUAGCUUAUACUUCAGAGAUAAUAGUGCAUUCCUUUCAGCAAAAUGUCACAGCUUGACUUAUCUCCUCAUUAAGACCUCGUGAGUUGGGAGUGAAUUUUGAGUUGUAUUAUACAGCCCCAAAACACAUCAAUGACUGUUUUAUUCCAUUUCAUUAGAGAAUUCCACAUGCUUUUCUUAUCUCAAGGGAGCAGAGCAUUCUAAAGUGAUAUGUUGAUUUGAAAAUAAGGAGAAAGAAAAUUUCUUUUAUACAACAAGAGGAAAAGUUGUAUGUUGGCCCUGCCCCACUUCACCCUCGGUAUAAGUAUACCAUGCUGCAGGCUCUCUGGCUCUGUUUGGCACUAAGGUUUGUUCCUCUGUCGGGUUUGCAUGUAUUGAUAACGUUGGGCAGAUAAAGUUCGUUUUGCUUCUGCCCGGUUUUCUGUGUUUCUCAGACCCUCCAGGAUUUACAUUUACUAAGCAUAUAAAAAGCUAGUAUAAUGGCAACCAUGUGACAAUGAUUGUUAUAAAAACCCAUCUGCUUCACAAAUGUCCUUUAGGGAAGGAAAUCUGCCAUCCUUACCUGAUCUGACCUACAUGUGACUCCAGACCCACAGUAAUGUGGUUGACUCUGAACUGCCCAAUGGGCAAUAAAUGCUGGCCUAGCCAGCGAUGCUCACAUCCCAUGAAGGAAUAAAAGAAAAGCACUUCUGAAUUUUAUAUGUUCUCUUUGCAACUCAAUAAUUCAAUUUUAUUUAUAACUUUUCCUAUUUGCAACUCUUGACCGUUUUAAUUUUAUUACACGAUUUUAUUUAUCUUGAAUAUUGAUAUUAUCCCUUUCCUUUCUCUUUUUUUCCUUUAUUUUCUUUUCUACUUAAACUGUGAAUUACAAAUUACAAUUAAAAACAUUAUUUUAAUAAUUGGGAAAUGUUAGGCUCACCAAUCCCUUCACUUUUUUUAAACCCUCUGAACUCAUAUUUUUACAAUUUUCUCUCCAGAAACACACCUAAUUGCCUCUUAACUCUGUUCCUGUUUUCUGGGAGUACUCGACAGACCAUAGAGUGCUUUACCUCGGAACCAAAUCAGUUUGACAUUCUUGAUGUGCUAGUUUGACUUUUGCUUCCAGAAUAUGUAUUGAUUGGUGAAUAACUGGGCAUCUUGGAUGAUGCACCGUGUGAAGAAUGAACCUUAUGAUGCAACAGUAAGAACGUUCUGCUCUGUCUAUAUAUUAAAAUAUAACUGGCAUUCUGA